AUGGCAUUUGACCAUCUGGACAUUGGCGGGAUCGAAAAAAAUGAUGGAUUUAGGAAUUCAUUCAUAUUCGCACUGCCCACCAUUAAAGAAAGAUCAAAAAGAAUAGAGGAGCGAAUAGUUGAUACAUGUCCAUUCAAAAUACUAGAUGCUCCUGGACUCAUAGACGAUUACUAUUUGAAUCUUCUCGAUUGGACAGGUAAUAGAAUAGCAAUUGCCCUUGGGGACACCGUAUACUGCUAUGACGUAAAUUCAAAGGAGGUUAUGGAAGUGUACAGUAGCCCAAGCUCUUAUAUCUCAUCUCUAAAAGGAUUCAAUAAUGUUUUAGCAAUAGGAGAUUCCAAGGGCCAGAUACAUCUGUAUGAUUUUGAAAAAGGACAGAUAGUAGAUAGACGGAUACCACAUAGUACCAGAGUGUGCUCUAUUGCAUUCAGCGAUAAGAUUAUGAGUAGUGGAGAAAAGACUGGAAAAAUCAGCAACUUGGAUCUUAGAUCAAGCAUACCUUCAUAUUUAAGUGGACAUACGCAGGAGGUAUGCGGACUAAAGUGGAGUCCCAAUAAUGAGUAUUUAGCUAGUGGAUCAAAUGAUAAUACGGUGAGGAUAUGGAAAAGUGGGUCACCUAUUUCUAGGGUAUUAAAGGGGCAUGAAUCAGCUGUUAAGGCACUUGAUUGGUGUCCAUGGAGGGUAAAUGUUCUGGCCACUGGAGGAGGAACAAAGGAUAAGAGCAUCAAGUUCUGGGAUGUGGAUGCAGGCAAGACUAUUAGGUCUGUUGAGAUGAAUAGCCAGGUUUGUUCGCUCAUUUACUGUAGUAAAUACAAGGAAAUCAUUACUGGACAUGGGUUUCAGGAAAAUGAUCUAAAGCUGUGGAGAGCUAGUGAUAUGAAGCUGAUAUCACAGUUUGGUAUGCAUGAAAGUAGGGUGCUACACAUGGCACUUUCCAAUGAUCAAUGCACACUUGUGAGUCUUGGGGCUGACGAGUCGUUGAAGUUCUGGAAAAUAGCAGAGCCACCGGCAAAAGAAUACAAAAGAGAUAGUAUUGGAUUGAGGUAA